AAAUAGAGAUAAGCACUGUAGCCACUCCAGAGGAACUGAUGUGUUGAUAGGACAAACUGAACUGGGUCUGAGGGAAAAGAUAAUGUAAAUGAGACCUCCUUACACAAGGGCCCAAGGCUGACUCAUCGCUACAGCUACGGGAUAGAUCAUCUUUUGCCACGUUGUCCAUGGAGAUGAAGGAACCAAUGGAAGGUCUACAUUUUGUGGGGAAGAAGGAUGAUCUGAUAAAGAGCAAACGGUCAUUCAGAACACUGGAGGGUAGAGAUAUACUGUUGGUUUAUCACCAGGGAAUAUUGUAUGCCCUGGACUACCACUGCUACCAUAGUGGGGGACCUCUGGAAAAUGGAGAUAUAGAGGAGAUUGGAGGCAAUCUGUGCAUCAUAUGCCCAAAGCACAAGUACAAGAUCAGUCUACUCCAUGGAGAAGGGCUGUACAAGGCCACCGAUCACACUGCGAAGGUGCCAACCCGUAAGUGGUUCUCCAAAGGUGUGAAACAAAGAGUGCACACGGUGAUGGAAACAAACGGGGACGUCUACGUAAAGCUGUCUGUGCAUCCGGGAUAUGUGGACUCUGACUUUUACCAAGGGGAAAAGGGGAAACUGGAGAGGGAGAAGGCCUUAGCGGCGGAAGCAGCAAACAAAGCAAAAAAUAUAGCUUCAUUGGUCAUCGCAGACAGUGAAUCUGACUGAUAGCCAUUGUGGACGUCUGUGUGAGGGUGUGUAGCAAUCGUCCAGCAGCUGUUUUUCCUCUUCUUUGUGCUCAGUCAUCAGGACGAGUGAAUCUAUUCUGCCCUGUCCAUGCCUCAGGCGGCAUAAGUGCAUGUAAGGGAAAGGAAACAAGUAUUCAACUAUUGAACUAUUUUGGGUUACUAAAUGGCGAUCCCAAUAACUUCUGCAUUUUAUAGCCAAUUUGGAUUUCCACAACAGGAGAUCUCCAAACCACCAAUCCAAGGUUUCCUAGCUAUUCAUGAGUGAUUUCAUUAAGAUUAUUUUUCAAACUAUACUUUGUGACAUUGUCAUUCAGACCAGACUUACAUAGUCAGACAAAUGAGGCCUGCAGGGUAAUUAGUUCAUUAUUUUGGAAUAUGCAGCAACAGUAGUGUCACAUUUCAAGUGUAGAUGUAUUUGUUAUUCUGAUGGUUUGGUAAUAAAGCUUUUUAAACAACAUCACAACUCAGAAAACCUGCGUGUAACAUGUUAUAUUUCCCAUGAAAACAAGAAAUUAAACUGCUCCGUAUGGAAAUGA